UAAGCAGGAGACAAACAGAUCAAUAGGCACCACUUGCACCAGUAUAAUGGAGAACUCACAGUCAGAACCAGGAAAGGAAAUGUCGUUUGAACAAAAUAUUUCUCAAGAUUUCACCACAGAUGGGCAUUUGGGCUCUCACCAACAAACAUUUGGACAAGAGAGAGGUGGAUCUGUGUUUCCACACUACCGACUGGUUAUACUUAGUCUGGGCCUGCUGAAUGCUGUUCUACUGAUAGCUGCUGUGGUCAUUGGGAUUUACUGUGCCAAAGGCCUUCAGGUUCCUCAUUCAGCUGCGACGCCCCUCAUCAUUGAAAUGAACUUUCUCCGCAACAACCACAGUGAUAUCAUCAGAGCUAAAUUGGAGGCCCAGGCAGAAAUAGCGAGACAGCGCAGCAGCCAUCAGCAACUAAAGCUGCAAAUGAAGCAGACGAUAACCCUCACUGACAGCCUUCAGAGACAGAUUGAAACCCUGUAUACAGAGAAGAUAAAUUUGCAGUCUAAUAAAACUACCUUAGAGGAAUCCUGUGGCAGAUGCCGACAAGGAUGGCAUCUUCUUAACUCAUCCUGCUACUAUUUUUCUCACCAUGAUGUGCCCGACUCCAAAAAGAACUGGCCGGAUAGCAGAGCAAACUGUAUUAGUCAAGGGGGCGACCUACUUGUGAUCAAUAACUCGGAGGAGCAGCAACUCAUGAUUGACAACCUUCCAAGUCUGACAUACAGUGUUGCAUGGAUGCAGAAAGGAUUCUGGAUGGGCCUCACUGAUGUAGUGACAGCGGGAACGUGGGUCUGGGUUAACAAUGUGACUGAGGUGAAAACAGAGUACUGGGUAAAUGGACAGCCUACCCAUGUUGGACCUCAGAGUGGGAACUGUGCUGCUUUUAAUCGCUACGUUAAUACCAUUGGGGCAUGGUAUAAUGGAAACUGCCGUGACCAUCUACUAUACUGGAUAUGUGAGAUGAAGCCAAGCUAAACAUUCAAUCAAUAUAACUGGACAAAUCAUUUGUGUCUAUAUGAAAAAUCUUUCAAAUAAACAAACUGCAGCUUGAUACAAUAGCA